CGUUCAAUUGAAACCGGAAGUUUGAUUGUCAUCCGGUUUUUCAAUCGCACUACCGGAAGUUGACAUUCUGUCACAUGCAAACAAUAUGGUUGACAGUCUUCCGGGGAAAAUGUUAAUUUUAAUAUUAUCGGCAGCCCUGCUGUGUGUGACAUCCGCCCAGCAGCUGAUUGUUACACAUGCGCCCCAGUAUGUGACAUUCCAAGACCAGUCAUCGCCUCUGCAAACCAGCGAUGUCUCCAAACUCAUAUCACACACAUUGGGCAUGCCAGCAAACUCAGAAAUGCAGUGGAAGGGGAUGCAACAUGGUUCUGUGUUCAAGCGGCCAAAAGCGAAUGUCCUUGUGACUGUUCACACUCUUGAUGGGCAGCCCGCCCCCAGUGUGGAGGGAAAAGCUGCCUUUCCUGUAGAGUUGGAUAAUGCAGGUGUUGACAUAUCAGGUUUAAUGCGUGCAGUGCAGGGACACUUCACGGGGAAGACACCUCUCUUUGUGGAUGCUGCAAUGGACAAUAGCAUCUUUGAUGUACAAUCAAAGUUUGACGUAUUCAAGACCAUUCCAAACACCAUGCGGCGCAUGUCUGACCGCCUGCUAGACGGGGACUCUGUGUGCCAGCGCCACGCUAUGGGAACCCUGAACACAAGCGUGCCCAGCGACCUCUCGCUGCUGGGAGAACUGCAGGUCAUCCAGGAUGUCUUCAACAAGGUGAAUUCUGACAGCAGUUUCACAAGCUCUAGUACCCCAGAUGUGUUCAGCUUUACCAUAUCAGGCCUGCAGGGUGUGGCUGAGAAACACGGCCAGGAUGCGGCGCAAGUUGCCGAUGCCAACAGCUUAGUGUCUGACUUCCUGAACAAGAUGACAGAGCAGUUUGUGACGCUGUACAAGGGCAACGUGGUGGUGGAAAUUCUCCUGGUUUCACCGCCCACAGGCUACGUGAGGAAAGUGCGCAGUCUACAGCAGGCUGUGGAACCUGGAGCAAAGGCAGUAGCGGGAAGAAAUGAAACCUCAAUGAAGGUAGCCCCCGACUAUGACGAGAAUUAUCCCGUGAUCUUUAACAUUGUCCUAUGGCUGAUGAUUCUAAUGGCAAUAGCUGUGAUCGCCAUCUGCUACGGAAUUUGGAACAUUGACCCAGGUCGUGACAGCAUCAUUUACAGAAUGACCACAACACGGUUGAAGAAAGAUUAGACAUUUUCAAGCAUUUAGUUUGUUUAUUGUUCGUUUUUUUUAAAUUAAUAAGUGUAAGGCACAAUUAUAGUUCAAUGAUAGCAGCGUUAUGCAACUGAUUGAAAGGAAAUUAUUGCAGUUUUAGGGCUGUCGUGUGAAAAUAAUGAUAUGGCAUUUUCCACCAUUUAGCCUUUUUUUUCUAAACUGUUGCCAUUGUUUAAUUAGAAGGAAUAAUUGUGUAUCCAAUUAAAUAGUUACACGUAUAAAGUUAAAUAGCUAAACGUAUAAAUAGUUAAACGUAUAAAGCAUCAAACCAUGAUAGAUAGAUCUACUGAUUAGACAUUUUGUGACAUUCUUAGUGACCGUGUUUUCGUAUAUUUCAUCACACUUAAUUUUGACAUGAAGACUUAAUUGUCGGCAUUAACUUCCUCCAGCUUGAAUAUUAAAUCGAAGUUCACCAAUUUUUUUUUACAAUUUUCUCAUUUGACAUGAUUGUGAUAGACCUCAUGAGCACCAAGUUGUCAAAUAUUUGCGCUGAUGUGAUUAUGUAUUCCGGAUACGUGUAUGCACUUUCUGUAAAAUUGUGGACAAACAUGUGUUCUCAGCACAAGCUAACCAGUUUGGGUAAAAGCUGCAUGACUGAUGAUCAAAGGAAGUGAUUGAGUAAUCCAUUCCAGAUGAAAGUCUUUAUUAGUUAUAUGUCAUAAGAACCAGGAUUUAUUAUUAUUUUGAUUUGUCUUAUUUGUAUGACAAGUGUGUGUAUUAUAUUAUCAACGGGUAUAAGAUAUAGGAGUCUGUUUGUAUCAUGCAGUUCAUUGUUUGUUAUGAAUAAUGUAUCAAAUGCUAAGUCAAGUGUGGUCGAGUUUUCUUUCUUUUUUUCAAAAUGAGUGAAUGGAAGAGAGUUAACAUAUUUCUGUACUAUUUUCACAAGUUGUUUAUUUGUUUGUGCAUAACCAAGCAAUCAAAAAGAUGUAAUUUUAAUACUUCUGGUGUAACCCUUCUUACUUAUAAAACUUUGAUUAUAAAUUAUAUUGUCAAAGUUCUUGUUUUCAAUGGUAUGUAUUUAUUUAACAUUUAAAAAAUGUAUUAUUUUAAUCCAAACCUACAGUGCAUCAUUGGCAAAACCAUCAACACUUCAUUUAUUUCAUGUUUUUUUGUAUGUAUUGAUGAUAAGUAUCCUUAACUGUUUUGAUUGUUUUUUAAUUAUCAAUACAUUAUUGUUUAAAUUAAAAUGUUUCACAUAAUCAUCCACACUUUUUACUCAUUUUAAAAUCAUAGUAAAUUUCUUUAGUGAUCAUUCUCUGCUUAAAAAGACAAAUAACCUCAAUAUAAUAUAUUAACCACAUCAAGACACAAAUAAUUUUAUCUGAAGAUUACAUGUACUAGGAAACAUAAUUUUGAAUUUAUACAUCAGUGCUUCAAAAUUAAAAGGUUUUUAUGCACAACAGAAGUAUUUUUUAUUCUUGUUGAAAAAAUACUUAUGCAUAUACAAAAAAUUGUUGUGUUCAUUAUAUGUUAUUCCAGAUUUUUGUGACUAUUUAUUUUUUGUUAUUCUGUGAGUUUUUAUGGGAGUAAAUGUUGUUAGAAAGUGAAGUAGAUUUUCUGUAGGUUUUCCGCAGAUGUAUUUGUAUGAAUACAUGUAGCAUAUAGGUCAAACUUAAACUCUUUUAGUCAAUACAGUGUCAAUUUUCUGAAUUCUCGUGUUAAAUGCAUGACUGUGCUAAUGUUUGUUUCCUAAAAAAAUAUUUUAAAUUUGACAUUAGAAAUGUAAACAAAAAUACUGACAUAAGCUUAACACGAAAAACUGGUUCUAUGAAAGUUGUGUUGUUUCUUUUUUCCCAAAUUUUGAAUUGUGUGGAUGCUUGAAUCAACUCAGUUGUAAUUUAUGAGGUUUGUUUGCCUAUGGCAGUACAAUGCCAUAUUUGAAGUAUGUUUAUUGUACAUUUGCAUGUAUUAUAUUAAGAAAAUCGUCUUUAUUUACAUUUUGAAUGUUGUAUAUACAUCAAAGUCAUGUGUAAUAAACAAGAAAAUUAUUACUGUU